AGUGUAGUCUGGCGGUUUUGGAAAUGAAAUGCAGCUGAGGAUCUGACAACUUGAUCCGUGCCUCACGGUUAUGUAUUAGAUAUAGAGAAUAAAACGUGUUUAAGGUUAGAGGGGGAAAAAGGCUGUAUUUAGGGCGGGUUUGAUUGGUGUGAGAUAUUGGGAAUUGGUUCAUAUUUCCAUUGCGCAUUCUUUGAGGAGGAGGAACCGAGCAACCUGCUCCACUCAUACAUUUCAUUUUGAAGGUUCUACUAGGAGAUCUCGGUAUAUUAUUAUAAUCAUAAUAAUGUAUAGAUUGCAGUCUCUCGCACACCAGGGGUUAAUCUCCGGAGCUCUGGAUCAGUGUGCGGUGUUAAGGCGCGUGUCUGGGAAGUGGAGGUGCGGGAUGGAGCGGUACAGCACCGCCGAGGCGACCGCAGCAUCAGCAGCUCUGGGGAAGAGCAAGCCGAGAGAGAAGAUGCUGAGCAUGGAGAACCUGAACCCGCAGGUGAAGGCCGUGGAGUACGCGGUGAGAGGACCAAUCGUCAUUAAAGCCGCAGAGCUCGAGAGAGUAAUACAGCAGGGGGGAAAGAAGCCCUUCACCGAGGUCAUUAAAGCCAACAUCGGAGAUGCCCACGCUAUGGGACAACAACCAAUCACAUUCCUCAGACAGGUGGUGGCUCUCUGCAUGUUCCCCGAGCUCAUGGACAGCCCGAGUUUCCCCGAGGACGCAAAGUGGAGAGCACAGCGCAUCCUGAGGGGCUGCGGGGGACAAAGCAUUGGCUCGUACAGCUCCAGUGAGGGGGUGCAGUGUAUCCGUGAGGACAUCGCAGCGUACAUCGAGCAUAGAGAUCAUGGCGUACCAGCUAACUGGGACAACAUCUUCCUCACCACCGGGGCCAGCGAUGGCAUCAUGAACAUUCUGAAGCUGCUGGUGUCGGGUGAAGGUCAUAACCGUACGGGGGUGAUGAUCCCCAUCCCUCAGUACCCGCUUUACUCAGCUGCCAUCGCUGAGCUGGGUGCAGUGCAGAUCAAUUACUACCUGGACGAGGACAACUGCUGGGCGCUGGAUGUCAACGAGCUCCACAGAGCGUACCAGGCUGCUAAACAGCACUGCCAGCCCCGAAUCCUCUGCAUCAUCAACCCCGGAAACCCCACCGGUCAAGUCCAGAGCAAGAAGUGUAUCGAGGACGUCCUGCACUUCGCCUACGAGGAAAACCUCUUUGUUAUGGCUGAUGAGGUGUAUCAGGAGAACGUAUAUGCUCCCGAUUGCCAGUUCCACUCGUUUAAGAAGGUGCUGUAUGAAAUGGGGCCGGAGUACUUUAACAGCGUGGAGCUGGCCUCCUUCCACUCCAGCUCCAAAGGUUACACGGGAGAGUGUGGAUUCAGAGGAGGCUUUAUGGAGAUCAUUAACCUGGACCCGGAGGUCAAGGCCCAGCUGGUGAAGCUGGUCUCGGUCAGAUUGUGCCCCCCCGUGGCCGGACAGGCUGCCAUGGACGUGAUCGUGAAUCCUCCUCAACCAGACGAGCCGUCCUUCACGCAAUUCCACAAGGAAAAAGCAGCAGUGCUGGGAGCUUUAGCAGAUAAAGCGAAAUUAACGGAGCAGGUCCUCAACGCAGUGCCUGGGAUCAAGUGUAAUCCCGUGCAGGGGUCCAUGUACGCCUUCCCUCAGAUUUUCAUCCCUCCAAAAGCAGUGGAAGAAGCUAAGGCUUUGGGAAUGGAGCCGGAUAUGCUGUACUGCCUGCGUCUCCUCGAGGAAACGGGAAUCUGCGUGGUCCCUGGCAGCGGCUUCGGACAGAGAGAGGGCACGUACCAUUUCAGAAUGACCAUCCUGCCAUCUCAUGAAAAACUGAAAGUGCUCCUGGAGAAGGUGCGAGAUUUCCACAUCAGGUUUCUAAAGGAGUACUCGGACCUACAGGACCCUCAGUGCAGUGUCGCAGCAUGAGCUGCUGACCGCCGACCACGGGACACGUCUGAAAUAUUACUUAACACACUAGCCACAAGUAACAGUAGUGUUAAGUAACUAUUUAUCUACAUAAAAUCCCCAUAAUUUGUUUUAAAUCCCCCAAAAAACUCCCAAGGGUCAAAAGGACUACUGUUUCAUAAUCUAUGUGCCUUUGUGCUACUGUAACAUAAUUAGGAAUGGGAUGGAGUCAAAAUAGUUUAGUUAUGAAAGAACUAACACUAAAGCAUGAAAUGAUGAAAUGUGAGAAUAGGCUGUUUUCUCAGUAUUUAUAACAUGACUCAUCUUCAUUAAACACACGUUUUUACAUCACAAAUGAGAUUACGAAAUUAAGUUUGUCAAUAUGUCUCUGAAUAUUAACGUUUUUAUUUGGACCUCUUUCAUAUUAUACAAAGCCCCUCCAGAUAUAUCCCUUAUAAAUAAAAAUACUGUGUGGCUUUACCAUGUGUGAAAUUAAAACUUGUAGCCAGGCCGCUAAUAAGCUAGCUAACAUUCGGCUAACAAUUAUGUCAUUAAAACAAUGGCCAGGUUCGCUAGCAAACUAGCGUUACAUUAAGCUAGCUUUUAAAGUAACGGUUAUAUUGUGUAAUCUAGCACACUAACCAACACAAACUACUAAGUUAUGCAGUUGAAACUAGUACCCAUAGUAGCUAUUAAACUGGCCAACAAAAGCUAUUUAUUAUAAUCAAUAGAAAGUUUUAGAUUUUCUUAUUUUCAGAUUGGUAUUGUAAAUAGUUUCUGCUUUACUUUUAUUAAUAAGGGAUGUGAAGAGAGGACCUCUGUAAUGAUCUAUGCUCUAUUUAAAACACUUUUGCACUUCCCAGGGAAACUGCUGUACACAGCAUUAAGUAACGCACACUUGGACAGUGUUGAUGUAAUUUCAGAAACGCACAUUUCAUGAUGAUUGAAGUACACUUUUUGAACAUUGUGUGCUAAACAUAUUGUGAACAUUGUUUAAAAGUUAAAUAGAGAAGGGGAGCGUCUGUGCCAGGUGUCUCUGGCGUUUGCACCUUAUGUUCUUUUUUUUUUUGCUUCCAGGGAUGUAGUUGUGUCACUGCUCUCAUGUGCUAUUCAGUUUUAUAAUAUGUGUUUUUGUACUGAAGUAACUGACGAUUACAUUUUGCAUUUCAGAUAUAGAGAAUUGCCAAACCUUUCCUGACGGUUUAAAAAUUAUCAUUAUACUUUUUCCCCCUAAAUAACCUCAUUGCUAAAACGGUAUUGCUCAUUUUGUUCAUCACAUUUUAACUAUUUAACAAAACUCUUGAACAGAAUUAUGAGAUUUUAAUAUUGUGUAUGCAGUAAGCAAAAAAGAAGCCCAGAGACGAUGCCUAACUAUGCAGUCUCUGUCCAAAUGUAUUGUAAUUUGAGGUGUCUGUUAUAUUUUACUGAUUAUCUGCACGUCUAAUCUCAGAGAUUGGACUACUGCGUUAUCGUCACUUCACUUCAGUGAGUUUGACUUUUAUUUGUGGACAUUUUUGUCUUGAAGUUCGAAUUAACAAAGGCAAAUCAGUUUUGUCUGAAGUUUGCAAGGUACAUCGUUUUUUUUUUUCCAUCAAUGUUUACAUUCAUUUUGCUAGUCUAAUAUGACUAAUUUCAUGUGAAUUGUAAUGAAUCUAAAUGCCAAAUUAAAGCUAUCAUUAAAGUGAAGACUGUUAAAUGAC